GAAAACAUUAUCUCCAUUGGCAGUACACGUAGAUAUCAAAUGACAAGCAUUCUAGUUGUUGUCCAAGGGUUAAGAGCUCCUUUCACUAUCACUAUCUCUGUAAUAUUUAUCGCAGUCUUCUGUAUCACGGACAAAGGUGAAGCAAUCUUUCUAGGGGGUGGACCUCUUUAGUUUGUGUCUCUAUUUUCAUUUCAAACGGAGAACACACUGAAACCUUCCUUUUGGAGUAAACUUAAGUAACGAAGAUUCCAAGAUGGCCGAGGCACACGAAAGAGAGUGUGCUGUGUGCACGAAUGACUUCACGACACCAAAGAUUCUACCCUGUGGUCAUCUCCUGUGUCGAGAAUGUCUCAUUUCCUGGAUGGACUCCGGACCUGAUGCUGGUUGUCCUCUGUGUAGAUGUCCUAUAGUAAAGCAGUCAGAUGGAAGUUCGUCCGACACUGUUGACGCCCUGCCGACAGACUUUGUGAUGGAAGCGCUGGUGGAGAGCGCUCGUGUGCUGAGUAAAGAUCACCUUUGUUGUGUGUGUGAGGACGUCAGGGCGGACUUCAUCUGUAUGCAGUGUCAGGAUAUGAUGUGUUCAGCUUGUACAAAGGUACAUAAGAAGAUGUCAGUGAGCCGCAGUCACGAUGUGGAGAGUGUCAGCACUGUGACACCUGAACGUCUGGCUGCCAGCCGCCCUGCACUGUGUGCUGACCACGGCGACAAACAGGCGGAGUUCUUCUGCCGCAAGCACCGCCUCGCUGUCUGCUCAGCCUGUAAGGCUAACAAACACAAAGACUGUCCAGAAACAAACCAUCUCGACAAUGAAAUAAAGUCAGUUCAAAACUCACUUAUCGAUCUAACGAAGAUUCUAGUAGAAGCGGAGCAGAAUCUAGAGCAGGCUAUAGGUCAGCUGACGUCACGUCUACAGGAAGUUGAUGUCAGCGAACAAGAAGACAUGGCGCAGGUGGACAAGGCAUGUGACCGUCUUCAGGGAAUGGUGGAAGAUGUUCGUAACAAGUUAAAGGACAAGACUCGCAUAUCACAUCUCCAAAUCAGGAAUUCACUACGUGACGUGAAAACUACGCUUAGCAACCGUCUAGGAAAGGUGACGUCACACAAACACAUUGUGACGCGAGCUGCGGCAGUGUCACCACGUCCUGCACUGAUACACAUGACACAGGCUCUGACAGACAGGAUCAACAGCCUUGACCUCAGCGCCAACUUGCAAGGAGAAGUGGUGGUGAAGCCCUUGUCUAGUGUAGAAUGUUUGGAAGAAGCUGUGAGAGUGAUAGAACAGGAGAUCCUAAUUUUGAAGCAGGAGAAGACAGAGUCAGAGCAGGUCGACCAGCCACUUUUUGUGUUUCAAGAAAACUGCGGAUAUAACAUUCGUCUGACGAACUGUAACAGGACCGCGGAGAAAACAAACCCGCGUGCCAAGGGUGACUGGGUGGUUGUGUCACGUGACCCUAUGUUUGCGAACGUCUUGUAUGAAGUCAGAUUGGACAGAGUAACAUGUUGGUACAAUGAGGUAGCACUGGGUGUGACAAGAAUUUCUCCUGCAUGCCUACCUGUGAGAAAAUGGUCUAGAGACCUGCAAGACUCUGUUAUGAUCGGGCCCGGUCAUGUCUACUACCAAAAAUGUGUGCCGCUACAGCUCGGAGAAGGUCUCAAGAGAAUUGAACUCGGGAGUCAAGUCGGGGUACUGGUGACCUCAUCCAACGACCUUCACCUCUACAUCAACGGACAGGACCAGGGCGUUGUAGCAAAAGAUGUUACACAACCCUGGUUUGCUGUCUUUAAUAUUAGCGGUACAGUUAGUCAGGUGACAGCCCUUGAUACAUCUAGGAGAACCCACAGAAUAUGAGAAAACAAGAAGGCUGCGACAAUAAAACGAGAAUAUUUUAGUUAGUGACGAUGGCACCAACCUGAGUGUUGACAUUAACAAUUAGAGUUUCAUUGAAUUUGUUUUGUCAACCUGUUUACUAUGCACAACAAAAAGAGUACGAAUUGUUUCUGUGUAUGAUUUUUUUUCAGUCAAAAGAUAAUUAUUGACAAGUAAGAAAAAAUGGAUGAGCUACACCCACGCUCCUCACACACAGACACAUAAAGAAAGGAGAUUUCUGGUUGUGUUCAUUAAUUUUAAAAAGGCUAUUUAUAAGUUUCUGUUCAUCGACAAUUAAAAUAAUGAUCCGUUGGGAUUUUCUUCUGCUAGCCAAUAAGUAAAAUUAUUACUUAGAAUAUCUGUGCCUCUGCGUGAAGAAAAUAUCUCUAUUAAUUUAAAAGAAACUUUCAGGACUGUGUGGGUGGAUUAAACACUUUCAUGAGGCACUGAGUCAUAGCUCGCAUCUUAAUUUUUUUCUUGAUUUUUAGGCAAUUUUGUGAAAAAUGAGUGAAAUCCAAAGCAGGAAAGUACAGUAGUUGACAAAUGCACUGUUCUGUGACUUAAAAUCACUUCUGUGGAAAGCUGCUAACUGCGUCGUGCGGUGAUACGUCUGUGUUAGUUGUCUGCUAUCUUCUAUUUGAAAAAAAAGAUAGCAUGGCCCCUAAAAAGACGACCAAAGGAAACAAAAUGAGGCAAGUGGGAACUAGCUCCGAAAAUACUAUGUUGAGCACUUUCACUCAAAACACUUCAGACAGCCAAAGAGGAAAUCAAGUGUAAUUGCCUGUUAGUCUAAGAAAUGAACUUGUUAAUAAGAAAUGGACUUUCAAAAAUCACUUAAGAUAAUAAUGUGUAUCCAUCUGCCCUCCGUUUUUUUUUAAAGCGUGGCAGCACUAAAAUCGUGUCACAGGCACUUAUGUUAUUGAUAUGAUCAGUCGUGAUUCUAAAAAGCCAAUAAAGCGACUCACAUUUCAGUUAUCUGACAAAUAAAUGGUGAUUCUUGGUGAUUUCGUGCAGUUCAUUGUUUUAAGUUUGCACUUAUUAAAGAUGUGUUUUCCUGUUUGUGUGGUCUUGAU